UGCGAGCUGCGACUGCACGGAAGUGAAUUCGCAAAUCAAUAAUGCUAUUAUAAGUACCAAAUUCUUGUGUUUCAUCGACUCUUACAAAGCAGAAUAGAUCAACAUGGAUCUCCCAUAUGAGGUGUUGGUUUACUUAUUUAAGUAUUUACCAAGAGCAGAUAGAAAAGCGGCAAGUGAAACAUGUCGCGCCUGGUAUAUAGCUGCCAAUGACAAUUACUUUUUGAAGAGUAAAUUAGUAACAUUCCACAGAGGGGCAUUUAAUGAUGAAGACCUAUCAAAACUAAGUACAUAUGAAAAUUCCUCAGUAAUUUACCGCAAUUAUAUGUUCUGCGAUGUAGAAAUAUCAAGCAGACUCAAUGGAUUUUGGAACAAAAUGGGAGAAUUUAUAAAUUCAUUGGAAUUUGUGAAGGUUGAUGUAUGUGAAAAGGAAUUUCUGUACAUACUCCAAAAAUGCCCAAACUUGGAAACACUUAAUAUUCAUAGCUGCAAAGAAAUCUUCAUGUCUGGUCGCUUACUAGAGGGUAAAACUGAAGUAGUGAAAAACCUUGAUUAUUUAAAAUCCUUGAGCUUGACUAAUAAUAAGUAUUUAACGGAUGCCUUGUUAAACAGAUUUGUAGUAUCAGCACCAUUAUUGGAAUUCUUGGAUUUAUCAGAUUGUUCUUUGCAGUUCCACGCUGGGCUUAUUAAAAGGUUUUAUCCAAUUGGCUCCAAUGUCUUUGAAAAUCCCUCUGAAAGUGUAUUAACAUUUUAUUUCAUAAUGCAGUUCUUUAUAUCUCGAGCCAAAGUACUUAAACAAUUAAUACUUUCAAACACUCUUAUAGAUGGUGUCGCUCUAAAAUCCAUAGCAGAGAUUGAACACUUGAAACUAGAGACCUUAAUUGUACAUUCCUGUGACCAGCUAACUAACAAUGGCAUCUUGGCAUUGACAACACACCAAACCAGUUUAGUAUCUCUUGAUCUUGGGCUGUGCAGUAGAGUCACUGAUCAAUCUCUUGUUUAUAUAUGCCAAAACCUCAAGAAUUUGGAAUGCCUUGACAUUCAAAGGUGCCGUGCUGUUACCGAUUUAGGUGCCAUUGAACUGAGGAAACUGAAAAAAUUGAAUUCUUUAAACAUAGCUCAAUGUGACCUAAUUACUAAAGUUGGCUUUGAAAAAGGGAUAUGUCAUGAAGUAAAUAAUGAGCUUCAAGAUUUGAAUAUUAGCGCACUUAAUUUGGAUCAAGAAACACUUAUAAUGAUAUCCGAAAAACUACCAAAAUUAAAAUUUCUGGACAUAAGUUUCUGCCUCAAUGGUGUUACAGAUAAGUCUAUUCAAGUUAUAUUAAAGAACCAAAUACGUUUGAAAACUUUGAAAAUGAGUUACUGUGACAAAGUCACAGAUGCAGGCUUAACAGGUAUGGGGAAAAUGGAGGAAAUCAAUGACAAUGUCCCAAUAAUGGCGCAAUAUUAUGAAUGUAGUAGUCAUCAUCAUAAAAUUCACUUAGGAUCCAGAGCUGAGGAGGAGAUUCUUAGAGAUGCACAAAAAAAACGUGAGGUAAUGCUUAUGUGCGAGAAACUUACACUAGAUUCCUCUACUGGAUACUCAUUGGCGCGCCUGAAAUGCCUACAACACCUGGAUAUAAGUGGAUGUAAUAGAAUCACAGAUGUCAGUUUAACUUACACAUUUAACUUCAAAGAACUGAUUGUUCUUAGCUUGAGCAGGUGUCAACAAAUAUCACACGAGGGUAUGGCACAUCUAGUCAAAAAUUGCCCAAGCAUAGAAUUAUUCAAUUUAAUGGAUUGCUACAAUUUGAAAGAUGAAGCUGUUGUGGAAAUAGCAAAAGGUUUACAUAGAUUGGAGAACCUCGUACUAAAGGGCUGCAAUCAACUGACGGACAAAUCAGUGGAAGCUUUAUAUGCUCACUGUAAGAAGUUGCAGUUUCUGGAUGUUCAAGGAUGUCGCUACAUAACACCGGAAGUGGCGUUCACGCUUGGCAACUUGCGAACAUUUCACACUCUUAUAAUAUCAAAACCGAGAUGUCCCUUGCCAGAAGAACCGAAGACCAACCCGCCACCACCAGCUCCAUCAUUUUUCCCGUCUUUGCUGAGGAAAUUACGUUUAGUACACUAAAUUCUUAAUUGUAGCAUUACAAGCACACAUACAUCGAGGCGUAAGACAAGUAUAUUUAGAAAAAUAUUUGUUUCUUUUUAACAUUUUUAUACAUACUUAUGUUUUAGUGACCGUGUCUCGACUCAGCAGUAGGUACCUACUUACUGCCUACUGGCAUUUAUGUUAAUUAUUAGAAAAUGUAUGAUUUUUACAAAAUCACUCGCUAUACGUAAAUUAUGUAAAUCAUCCCUGUUUUGGGAUUUUAAGUAGGUAUAUUACUGACGCAGCUGCGCAGUAAGUAAAUGACAUGAUAAGAUUAUGUGAAAGCGACUUGAUCAAUCUGUUUAUUGAUGUUUAGAUACAUUCGUUUCAGCCAAAUGACGUCCACUGCUGGACAAAGGCCUCCCCCAAGGCUUUCCACAAUGAACGGUCCUGCGCUGCCCGCAUCCAGGCUCUUCCCGCGACCUUUACCAGAUCGUCGGUCCACCUAGUAGGAGUACAUAUUGUAGCUAAUCUAAAAUACUGGUAAUGUCACCCUAAAAAAAAGUCUAUUGAUGAACGAGGUUGCUGCUGUUUGUCCAGCGCAUUAGCAAAGUGAGGUACCCCAAUGAGAUGUGGACGGAGUCUGCAGCCCUAGGGAAGGAAAGUUGAUGAAUGUAGAUUUUGUAACAGGAAAACCCACUUGGGUUAGAUAGGUAGGUACAUGGCCAGGAAUGGCGAUAUUAUUGGAGAGCUUAAAAAAUAUAUUAACUGUAAAUGUCUAUUAAUCUGUAAAUGAGUGUAAGUAUUAAACUGUAGGUAAAUGUAUAAAAAGAGGCGAAAUGUAUUUGUUCCAUCUGAAAGAAAUGAAGAUAAGAUAAUGGCAACUGCCAUGAACUAUAAUGCAUAUUCAAAUGUGAACAUUUACAAUACUUCAGCUCUCGAUUUCAACAAAGUCCAAUGUCCGAGUGAAACGAAGCUGGAGACUGUAAAUGUGACGUCACAGUACAUUGAAAUGUUCAGGGUCAGGCGCCUACUAAACAACAUACAAUUAAAAUGGCUCGAAGUUUUUACGAAGACUAAUGUAUUUUAUGUAAAUUAAGUAGUAACAUAAAAAUGAGAAAUAUACAAAAACAAUGUAAACAAUUUUAUCGUUAUCAUUCCGUUAUCACUUAAAUUAUUUUAGAUUUUGUAUGACCUACGUAAUGGACAAGUUGGAUUUCUUUGUUCUUUCUUUGUUGUCACUUUCAAUCUAAGCAGCCUUUUUUACUGACAAUUUUAAAUAAAAAGACAUUAACUGUAGAGCUUUUUCGUCGAUUUUUUAAUAGAUUCUUUAUAAUUUAAUUUACCAGUGAUAUUCUUUUUUCUUAACUUAUUUAUUAUUACUUAGUGUAGGUACUAAUUUUUAAAAUAGGUAAUACAAUUUUUUGAAAUAACUGUAGGUAUAACAUUUUAAGUUCAUUUGUUCAUACAUAAAUACUAACGCUUUUCCAUGUUGUACUAAAGCCAUGUAUUCAUUAGGCAACAUUUGUUUAUAAACUGUUCAUAAACAAUGUUUCAUAAUGUUUCAUCUUCUCUGUAAACAGUUUAUAAACAGUCCAUAAACAUAGGUGAUGAAACAUUGUUUAUGAUACAUGUUGCCGUGCUCCCCGCUAUGAGUGGAGAGCAAGUGUGGGCGGCCAAGUUUCAGAAACCUGUAUUUAUGGUAAACUUGUUUCACACCUAGUCAUAAACAGUUUAUCAACAAAUGUUGCCUAAUUAGUACAUGGCUUAACUCUGUGUUGUGGAAACUGUUUAAUUAAAACGUGUUCAAUGGGGGCGUUUAGCCGAAAAUAGAUUGUUAGCAAAAUGGCGAUCGCCAUGGCAACCACCGAAAACUUUAGCAUAUUUUCGGCGAGGACAAGUUUGCCAGCAUCAAAAGUGACGUUUUCCCAUCCAUACAUUUUUCUUACUAACGCUAACAAUGCUAUUUUCGGCCAAACGCCCCCAUUAAAACGUUGGAACACUGACUGACGACCACAUAAUUUUUGUAAAUAACGGGACAAAUUACUUCUCAGACUUUUUAAGAAGCAGCUGCACAAAACUUUACUUACCAACCUAGAUGAAUCUAGGCAUAAAAAAUAAUAUUCAUUGAUUACAUUUUAUGUAACUUAACUUUUUUUAGAAAAUAAUCAAAGUAUAAUUAUUGUUGUUGUUAUUGAUGUUGUUGUAAAUUAACCCAUGAAUGUUGUUGUAAAAUAACACUUAGGAAUGUUUCGUUUGAUGGUCCUUCACACUAUAAUAUUGGGGGGCCCAAAUAAAUACAAAACCACAGAUUGUAUUUACCUGUUAAAUGACUAUGAUUUUAUAAUUCAGAGUAGAAAUGAACUUCUUGUUACAUAAAAAAAUAAUAAAUUAUUUAUGUAUCUUUGUUUAUAUUUACUUUAAUGCAAUGCUAUUUUCAUCAAUAAGUAAUAAUUUAUGUUUUUAUCAAUGUUAUUUAUGUUCCUUUGAGGAAAUAGUUAAGUAGAUACUGUGAUAACAUGUUUAUUUUAUGCUGUGAAAAUCAUUAAAUAAAUUAUUGCAUCAUU